AUGGCUUCGUGCAAAGCUAUUGGAAUUGACCUUGGUACCACCUAUUCUUGUGUUGGUGUGUAUCAACAUGGUAAAGUCGAGAUCAUUGCCAACGACCAGGGUAACAAGACCACCCCGAGCUACGUCGCCUUCACUGACACUGAACGCCUUAUUGGAGAAGCUGCCAAGGACCAAGCCGCCAGAAACCCUGAGAACACAGUCUUUGACGCCAAAAGGCUGAUUGGCCGCAAAUUCGAUGAUCCUACCGUGCAGAAGGACAUGAAACAUUGGCCCUUCAAAGUGAUCGAGCGAGGAAACAAGCCUGUCAUUGAAGUGGAAUUCAAAGGAGAAAAGAAGCAGUUCAGACCAGAAGAAAUCUCCUCCAUGGUGCUGAUCAAGAUGAAAGAAACGGCCGAGGCAUAUCUUGGCCACAGAGUGACUGAUGCUGUGGUUACGGUACCCGCUUACUUCAAUGAUGGACAACGACAGGCUACAAAAGAUGCUGGUGCUAUCGCUGGCCUCAAUGUCCUCAGAAUCAUCAACGAACCCACAGCUGCGGCCCUUGCUUAUGGAUUGGACAAGAAGAUGAGCAAGGAACAGAACGUCCUCAUCUUUGACCUUGGUGGUGGAACGUUCGAUGUCUCCGUUCUGAGCAUCGCCGACCAACUCUUCGAAGUCUUGUCAACGGCUGGUAAUACUCAUCUUGGUGGAGAGGACUUUGACGACCGUCUAAUGCAACACUUUGUCCAAGAGUUCAAGAGGAAACAUGGCCGUGACAUCAAGAACAACGCCCGAGCAGUGCGCCGUCUGAGGACUGCUUGUGAACGUGCCAAGAGAACUCUCUCUUCGUCUACCGAAGCUGUUGUUGAAGUGGACUCGCUGUUCGAUGGAAUUGAUUUCAACUCCAGAAUCUCUCGUGCCCGCUUCGAAGAACUCUGCGCCGACCUCUUCAGAUCUACCUUGGAACCAGUUGAGCAAGCCCUGAGGGAUGCCAAACUUGGAAAGUCUGACAUCCACGAAGUCGUACUAGUCGGUGGUUCUACCAGGAUUCCAAAGAUCCAGAAACUUCUGAAGGACUUCUUUUCUGGCAAGGAACUGAAUGGAUCCAUCAACCCCGAUGAAGCCGUCGCUUAUGGAGCAGCCGUCCAAGCCGCUGUCCUGAGUGGAGUCAAGGACGAAUCCGUGAAAGACGUUCUUCUGGUUGAUGUAACUCCAUUGUCUCUUGGCAUUGAGACAGCUGGUGGCGUGAUGACAAAGAUCGUUGAACGAAACACCAGGAUCCCGACGAAAGCAUCCCAGACAUUCUCCACUUAUUCAGACAACCAACCUGGAGUCUCCAUCCAAGUCUAUGAAGGAGAACGUGCAAUGACCAAGGACAACAACAGAUUGGGCACCUUCGACCUCAUGGGAAUUCCUCCAGCUCCAAGAGGUGUUCCUCAGAUCGAUGUCUCAUUUGAGAUUGACGCCAAUGGAAUCUUGAAUGUCAGUGCUUCGGAGAAGAGUUCAGGAAAGACGAAUAAGAUCCAGAUCAAGAACGAGAAGGGCCGUCUCUCACAAAGCGAGAUCCAGAGAAUGUUAGAUGAAGCCAAACAAUAUGAAGAAGAAGAUCGUCGUCAACGAGACCGAGUAGACGCCCGCAACCGUUUGGAGGCCUACCUCUUCCAAGUGAAGCAAUCUUUGGAUGAACAUGGUGAUCGUCUGGCUCCAGAAGACAAACAAAUGGCCAAGGAAACUUGUGAUCGUAUUCUUCAAUGGGUGGAGAGCAACCAGACGGCAGAGAAGGAAGAGUACGAAGAUCAGAUGAAGGAAGCCCAGAACAUUUGCACCAAGAUCCUCUCCAAACUCCAUCAACAGCCUCAAGGCGGUGCCAGCACUUGUGGCCAACAAAGUGGAGGAUUCGGUGGCCAAGCCAGUGGACCUACUGUUGAAGAAGUCGACUAA